AUGGCAAGCUUUAGAGACAGGAGGCCCUCCGAGAGCCCGGUGCCGAGGCGCCGCCCGAGGUCGCCCGCCGAGGAGGUGGCCCUGGAGGAGGGCAUGGAUUUCGGCUCCGAGGCUGCCUCGCGUUUCGAGCCGGUAGGGCGGAACACGUCGUACGUGCCCGUUGCCUACCCUGUCGCGGAGGUGGCGCCCGCCGCGGGAGGAGGGACCGCAGCUCACCGUGUGGAUGACGGCUUCAGCGGGGAGGGCUCUGACGGAGAGCCGGAAAUGUCGGAGUUUGCGGAGUCCCAGUUCAUGAAGUCGGAGUUCAACGAUUCUCACCUGGGGACAGAGUACUCCACUUACGGUACGGAGUACUCGGGGGAGGAGGGAGACGCCGGGGGCGGCGGCAGCCGCUUUGUGGGCACCACGGAGUGGGCUAGGCAGCAGCGGUCGCAGAACUCGUCUCAGUUCACGGCGGACCGGGACGGCGGCGCGUCAGCGGGCCCCUGGAGCGGCCCCGGGCGAGAAACGUCCGGCUGGGACAAGGACGGCGGUGGGCGGCAGCACCGCGGGAGAGGCAAGUACGCCGGGGAGGACGGCCGAAUGCACGACCUGCCCCCCAUGCCGGACAAGAAGCAGAUGCCCUCGAACCACUCGGUGCUCUCCCACGACCUGAGCGGGUUCUCGGACUUCGACCCCACCCCGAAGAGCACCCACCGCCAGCGGGACGCCAGCGAAAGCGUCGGCAGCGGGGGCAGCGGCGGCGCCGCCGGCGAUAUCAGAGCGCCGCACCCGGCCCCCUCGGACCGGAUCAACUGGAACCGGGGGCUGACGGGGGCGGCGGCGGCGGCGGCAGACGCCGACGCGCGCAACUUGGCGAGGAAGCAGCAGCGGGAGCGGGAGGCGGCAGCAGCGGAUUUGGCGCAGAAGAGAGCCGCGAGGAAGGCGGCGUUGUCGGCGGCGGCGGGCGGGGCGGCGGCGGCAGCUGCGACGGUAGCCGGCGGCUCGGACGCGAGCGGUUCGGGCAGGAAGAAGAAGCCGUGGCCGCCGUCGGCGCACAGCGGGCCGCCAGACCCAAGAAAGGGGCAGGCGAACGGGGCGGCGGUGCGGGAUAUGGGGGACAUGAAGGAGGAGGGGAGCGGGAGCGGGAUGUCGGCGUUCAGAGCCAGCACGUUGGAGGCGCAACGAACACACGGGGACCCCUUCGACGAUAGGCCGCGAAACGAGAACGGGACCACCGGGGAAUACGCCGUGCCCACCUACCGCAGCCUGAUCUUCACGCCGCUCAUGUUCCUCAUCUGCCUCAUUCUGCUGUUCUGGGAGUUCGGCCUGAACGGCUGGGAGGCGGAGUCUUUGGAGGAAAACCCCUCCUACGGGCCCAGCGUGGAGACCCUCAUCGAGGCCGGCGCGAAGCGGACGGAUCUGAUCGUCGACAACGGGGACUGGUGGCGACUCAUCUCACCGAUGUUCCUGCACGCGGGCGUGGUGCAUUUCCUGUUCAACAUGCUGGGAUUUUUGCAAGUGGGAGCGAUGGUGGAGAGGGUCUUCGGGUGGUGGCGGGUCGCGUCCAUUUACCUGGUGUCAGGGGUGUUCGGGACGAUAGUUUCGGCGAUCUUCGUCCCGACGCAGGUCAUGGUCGGGGCCUCGGGGGCUAUCUUCGGGGUGUUCGGAGCGCUGUGGGCGGACCUGUGGCAGAACUGGAGCGUUAACCAGGACCGCUGCAGGAUGUUCACCGUCCUCUUUAUUCUCACUGCGGUAAACAUCAUCCUGGGCCUGAUGCCGUUCUUGGAUAACUUCGCCCACUGCGGCGGCAUGCUGAUGGGGUUGUUCAUGGGCUUGGGUCUGCUGGUGCAAAAGAGGGAAGACGACCGUGGGGACCGUCUCAACAAGAAGUGUUACCAGAUAAGCCUCCAGCUCGUGGCGGCGGUCGCUGUGCCCACGCUGAUGAUCCUCGGGCUUUCUCUUCUCUACGGGAGGUCGGAUCCCGCGGAGUGGUGCGGUUGGUGCGAGAACAUCUCGUGCGUGGAAUUCCCGCCGGGGGACAGCCCCGUGGUGGGCUUGCGACGAGUGCAGCACGGUCGGAUUCGAAGGCGGAAAAAUUCUCGGACGGCACGAUCACGAUAUCGUGUCCGGACGGAACAUCCGAAUCGAGCGACCAAUGCUCAGACGAAUCGGACGAAUUGCUGGUGGCAUGUUGCAUCAGCCUCUGCCUGUAGCCUACAGCAUGCAUACGUUACCGUUACCCGUUGCGUGCGCGGGCGCGCGCGUUUGCUGCUGCUUCUGGGCACCGUGGAGACCAAGCUAUUUACGACCUUCGUUUAGCACGCGUUUGCUGCUGCUUCUGGGCUCUGUGUGCGACCAGCUAUUCAGGACGUUCAUUCAGCACGCGUUUGUUGUUGCUUCCUUGGGGCUGUGGCGACAAGGUAGGACCUUGGUUGCCUUGGUUGUGAAGCUGGUUGCCUUGGUUGUGAAGCUGGUUGCAUUGGUUGUGAAGCAGGUCGCCGCCCCCCCCCCGCCCCCUGGCGGCAGCUUUGCCUUGGUUCUGUUAAUGGUUCUCAUUUAUAUCUGUCCGUUGAGACAGGGGGUGAGGGGACCAUGCAAGAUGUCUCGAAGGGAGCAGAUGUGAUUCCACGCGCUGUCAUUGGUUUUGCUGUUGAGGGCACCUAGCUGUCGAGCGAGAACGAAAA